AUGAUAGAAGACGCGCUCCUUGCUGCUCUGCAGCAGUUUUUCUCGCCCGAGGGUCUUGGUGUUGUAAUUGCACUGGCCUUGAGUGCAAUCCUUGGAAGACUCACUAUUUUCGCACGAAAGGACGAGAAUGACAUAUCCAGUCUCCCUCUUGUCAACGGCAAGAAAUGGUGGCAGUUGACGGCCAAGGAGCAGCGAAAAACGUUCUGCAACCAUGCCAAGGAGAUUCUUGAUCAUGCCCUUCUCAAUGACAUGCACACCAGUCUGGAUGGUUUUGCUCCUUUUCGCCAAGGACAAACCCGUGACAGAAUCUUUCAUGAUGCUGUCAAGAUCAACCUCAUCCAGGAUAUUGCCAGACUCAAUAAUCCCUUCUCCGAGGAGGCAAGCCAUGCGCUGCAAAAGCACUUUACGAAUAAAGCAGAAUGGCACGAGAUCCCGCUCAAGAUUCUCGCUUUCAAGAUCGUCUCCCAACUGUCUUCCCGAGUCUUCCUCGGCGAAGAGCUCUGUCGCAAUGAUGACUGGCUUCAGGUCACGGUCGACUACACCAGGGACUCAAUGCAGGCCGCGCAAGACCUACGCUUAUGGCCCAAGUUCCUGCGUCCGCUUGCCUACUGGUAUCUGCCCCGGUGCCGAGCCAUCAGACAAGAGCUACAGAUGUCUUUCAACAUUGUCGAUCCGGUCCUCCAAAAUCGCCGCCGCGAGAAAGAGAAGCGGGUGAAAAAGGGUCUCGAACCCGUUCGCCACCUCGAUGCGAUGCAGUGGAUGGAGGACGCGGCCAACGGCCGUCCCUAUGACGCCACCGUUGCCCAGAUUAUGAUGGCCAUCGCCGCCAACUUUUCGGGGUCAGACUCGUUGAGCACGCUCAUGAUUUAUCUCUGCCAGGACCCCCAGCUGGUCGAGGACAUGCGCAAGGAGGUCAUUACCGUCUUGUCCGAGAACAAGUGGAGCAAGUCUACCCUUUACAAGCUGCGUCUUAUGGACAGUGUGCUUAAAGAGAGUCAGCGCAUGAAGCCCGCAGCCAUUGCUGUCAUGCGUCGUAUCGCGCUAAAGGACACAAAGUUACAUGACGGUACCAAGAUCCCCAAAGGCACUAAGCUCAUGGUAUCCACCUCGAAGUCUUGGGAUUCAGACAAGUACCCCAACCCAGAGAAGUUUGACGGCUACCGCUUCCUGCGCAUGCGUGAGGAGCAAGGGCUCGAGACGGCACAAUUCGUGUCGACGACACCCGAUGCCCUGGGCUUCGGCAUGGGCAAGCAUGCGUGCCCGGGCCGUUUCUUCGCCGCCAACGAGCUCAAGAUCGCCCUCAGCCACAUCCUUCUGAAGUACGACUUCAAGCUGGCUCCGGGCGCUCCCACGGAUCCUACGUUCCAGGCUUUGUACUGGUCGGCUAACGACAAUGCACGAAUUGUGAUUCGCCGCCGCAAGGAGGAGAUUGAGCUGUAG